CUUCUCUCUUCCGUCUUCCACAACAGACUGUGUUCAUUGCUUGUGGGGUCUCUCUCUCUCUCUCUCUUUCUCUGUGAGAAGACGAAGACAGCUGUUUCUAUUGUUCCACUUUGGUUUUGUGUUUAUCUUCUUUUAGUUCCGAGUUUUUUUUCUUCUGUGUCCAAAAUCGAAAGGAACGUCUUUUUUUCUUUUCCUUUCAAUUCUUCUUCUUUGUUCUGUUUCUCGGACUUUCUCACUAGUGGGAAAAAGACAGAAUCUUUGUUAAAAGUCGUGGCUUGUCCAAAUUCCGAAGCUUUUUUUCUGUAAGAGAACAAUAAAAGACAGUGCUUGAUCUCUUCUGUCUCUCUCUCUCUUUUGGGUGGCUCGGAGAAGAGAGAAAAUGACGAGAAGAGGUGAAUUUGAGAUGGGUUUGUUCGUGAUUCUUCUUCAAUGCGUGUUCCUGUUCUCUCUUUGUUUAUCUGAGAAAUCUGAGGAGUUCUUACCACAGAUAUCACCAGAUACUUCUCCCCAACCAUUUCUUCCUUUCAUUGCACCUUCUCCAAUGGUUCCAUACAUAAACAGUACCAUGCCCAAAUUAUCAGGGCUUUGCUCGCUGAAUUUCACUGAUUCCGAGAGUUUGAUUCAGACAACUUCACACAACUGUUGGACUGUGUUUGCUCCGUUGUUAGCCAAUGUGAUGUGUUGUCCUCAGCUAGAUGCUACACUCACGAUAAUCCUUGGUAAAGCGAGCAAAGAAACCGGUCUGCUUGCUCUAAACAGAACCCAGUCUAAGCACUGUAUAUCGGAUUUAGAGCAAAUCUUGGUGGGCAAAGGCGCAUCAACUCAGCUUAAUAAGAUCUGUUCUGUUCACUCAUCGAAUCUCACUUCUUCUUCGUGCCCUGUAAUCAAUGUCGAUGAGUUUGAAAGCACGGUGGAUACAGCAAAACUUCUUUUGGCUUGUGAAAAAGUUGAUCCUGUGAAGGAAUGUUGCGAAGAGGUUUGCCAAAAUGCGAUACUCGAUGCUGCUACAAAUAUCUCUCUUAAAGCUUCUGAACCUCUAACCGAUAACUCAGAAAGGAUCAAUGAUUGCAAGAACAUAGUAAACCGCUGGCUCGCUACUAAAAUUGACCCUUCUAGGGCUAAGGAAACUCUCAGAGGAUUAGCAAACUGCAAAAUCAAUAGAGUUUGUCCUCUCGUCUUUCCUCACAUGAGGCAUAUUGGAGGUAACUGCAGUAACGAGUUGAGUAACCUAACUGGUUGUUGCCGUGCAAUGGAGAGUUAUGUGUCUCACUUGCAAAAGCAAACACUUAUGACCAAUUUGCAAGCUUUAGAUUGUGCAACAAGCCUUGGGAUAAAGCUACAGAAGCUUAACAUCACUAAAAAUAUAUUCAGCGUUUGUCAUAUCAGUCUCAAGGACUUCUCUCUUCAAGUUGGAAACCAAGAAUCUGGUUGUUUAUUACCGAGCUUACCAUCCGAUGCGAUAUUUGAUCAAGACACUGGAAUAAGCUUUACCUGUGACCUUAAUGACAACAUUCCUGCUCCGUGGCCUUCAUCUUCUCAAUCCUCAGCCUCAACCUGUAAAAAGACUGUUAGAAUCCCAGCUCUUCCGGCUGCUGCAUCCUCGCAACCUCGUCUCUAUGAUGAGGGAGUUAAACAUAUGGUGAUCUUUGUGUUGUCUAUGGUUUUUCUGAUGCUUUUGUCAUAGUACUAGUACCAGAACCAAACCGGAUCCAAUCCUAUAUCAGACCGGUUUACUAGUCAGUCAAUAGCUGUUUCUUUUGUAGAUCAAACCGGUAUAGUCACUGCGGAAGUCGUAUGUUGACAUGACCCGGUUCACGUGUUUGGUUUGUUGAGGUAUAAGUUUCGGAAAGUCUUUUUUAUCUUUUAUUGAUUCAAUGAUUCUUGAAAAAAACCUUUUCUAAUGUAAAGAAAAAGGUCUUGUAGGGUUUAUGGUAAGCUUAUAAUAUAUUUAUUUUCUCUGCA